AUGGCAACUUCAGCUGCCCUUCAUCCGCAGGAUGGAGGGCAUCCAAUCUCUAUGUCGCGGCCUUCGUUUCAACAUAAGUCGUUCUCUUCGCUUUUCUCUUCAAAGGAUGGACCAACGCUGGAGUUGCAGACAGACAAGACAACAAGAAGAGGGGAACCAGCGGUGGUCUUCUCUCCGCUGGACGUAUCAAAAUUUGCAGCCUCUUUUCAGCUUUCUUUGGUUGGCAAGUUCUCAAAAGGCCGUCCUCCCAUGGAGGAUAUUCGCAGGUUUUUCAAGGCUUUGGACUUGAAAGAUGAGUUUUCGGUCGGUCUCUUAGAUCAUCGACAUGUGCUUAUUCGUCUUGCUAGUGAGAAAGAUUUUCGUCGGCUUUGGGGCAGGAACGUAUGGUAUGUAUUUGGAUGCCCAAUGCGUGUGUUUAAAUGGGCUUCAUCCUUCCAUGUCGAUAAAGAACCUUCAAUAGUUCCAGUAUGGUUUUCACUACCGAAACUGCCGGUUCAUUUUUUCAAGAAGGAGUGCCUAUUUCACAUGGUGACUUGCUUGGAAAGACCACUCUUCAUGGAUGCUGCAACCAGCUCAUUAGCAUGCCCCAGUAUGGCCCCCCGUGUUUGUGCGAAGGUUGAUUUGUUCAAGCCUCUUCCGAAACGGGUAUGGGUUGGUGUUGGGAUGGAUGAGGCGAAUGGCUUUUGGCAAGUGUUAGAGCCUGAGAACAUGCCAUCAUAUUGCUCCUUCUGUUUCCGCCAAGGCCAUGCGAUGGAUGGGUGCCAUGUUAAGAACCCAGAACUGAGAGCGGCACUGCCGCAUGGAGGCCUAAAGAGACAGGAGACUGUUGUGGCGUAUCGUCCCAAGCAGGCUGGAGUUGGAGAACAGGAGGGCGGCAAAUUGAGAGCUGGCGUGAAUCCCAGUGGCGCGGUAGUGGCGGGGGAUGCCUUACCCGCGGCUUCCACUCAGGUUGUUCCGGCGUCGGCAGUGGCUGCUAGUGCAAUUGGUGAUUUAGGCGCAGCGCUGGUGCUGAGUCAAGCUACAGCAGCGGGUAUGGCAGAGGGUGUUUCGGCUGCGGCUUCGCCUGGGCAGUCUCCUAGUGCACAAGCCAUAGCUUCUCCCGUUAGGACUGCAGAGAAGGUGGACAACCAAAUUGGUAUAGCACACAAGGCGCUGGUGUCGGGGAAUGUAGCAGCUGUUCCGUGCAUGCCUACGGACAAGUUGGGGGAGUUGACAGCUUCCGGUUUGCCGGUUUCUUCUGGGACUGCUGCAACUUUUGGGGUUGAUCAGGGUGGGGAGGAGACUGGUGGGUCGGAGGAGGCUCUCAUGGAGAUGGCGUUUGGCUCAGAGGUGGAGGAGGGAGGGGUUCAUAGUGCAGAGCAAGUAGCUGGGUAUUUGUCGCCGCGUGGUGAAGUUGGAGGUGUGCAACGGGGGGCUAGUUCGCUGUUCAUUGAUAUAUUUAACCUAGACCCGAUAGUUCAACAAGUUCAGGGCAAGGUUCGGACAGAAGAGGGGGUUAAAGCGAUCACGAAGCUUAAACACAAAGGGGAUGUCCAGUUAUUUCGGGUAAAGUUGAAUAUGGAUGGUUGUAUUGUUAAUAGCGAGGGGUCCCUGUCGGUGUUUUUUCAAAAGUCACUUGUCUGUGAGCAUAUUGGGGAAUCUAGUCAACAUUUGUCGAUUAAAAUACACUCCCAGUUGCUCUCUGAGCCGAUGGUCUUCUCAUUUGUACAUGCAAAGUGUACUGGGCAAGAAAGAGUUUUGCUUUGGGCGGCGUUGUUAGUGGAUAACCCUAUGGCUCUUCCGUGGUUUCUAGUAAGGGAUUUUAAUAUGAUUGUUAGUGAGGAGGAAAAGAGAGGUGGUUUAUCGUUUCGACUGGAGGAGGGGUUGGAUUUUAUUUCGUUUAUGGCUAGGGCAGGUGUACAAGAUGCUGGCUUCUCAGGAUCCAGAUUUACAUGGUGUAAUAAUAGAGGAGGGAGAGCUCAUAUUUGGAAGCGACUGGAUCGAAUGCUCUUUAACCAGGUGGCCGCUGCCUUACCUUUUAACUUUCAGGUGCAACAUUUAGGGAGAGAUCCCUCAGAUCAUGCUCCCCUGCUGCUAUCGGCCAUAACUAGGCUUGACAAUAAGCCAAGAGCGUUCUGGUUUCUGAAUUUUUGGACGUCUAAGCCAGAGUUACUGGAGGUGAUUCGAAGAGGGUGGGAAGGGUCAUUUUCAGGACCGCCGUUGCAGCGAUUGGCUAGUAAAUUGCGUCAAGUUAAAAAACAUCUCCAAAGUUGGUCACGUGAGCAGUUUGGAAAUAUUUUUGACGCAGUGCGCGUUGCUGAAGAGCGAGCGUCAAUGGCAGAGGCUCACUUUGAUGAUAAUCCCUCUAAGCCGAAGUUGUUAGCACUACAAGAAGCUCGAGCGGUACUUAGGAAUGCUUUUUGCAAAGAGGAGAGCCAAGUCAAUAGUAAGGAUGCCAAUGGGGUUUGGUUAACAGAGGAGAGUCAGAUUGCAAUAGAGGCGGUUCACUUCUUUGAGAGUUUGUUUACAGCUGAGCCUUGCUUGGGGUCAUGGGAUACAUUGGGUAUAAUUCCUAAAGUAAUAUCUCAUGAUCAAAAUGAGGACCUGGUGCGUGCUCCUUCCUUGGAGGAAGUUCGAGAGGUUGUGUUUGCGAUGAAUGGUGAGAGUGCCCCUGGGCCGGAUGAUUUUACAGGGAAAUUCUUUUCCUUUGCUUGGGACGUGGUGGCCCAUGAUGUCUAUGAGGCGGUGGGCAGUUUUUUCUAUGGAGCUGAGGUGCCGAAGAGCAUUACUGUGACACUGGUUGUGCUUAUCCCGAAAGUAAGUGCUCCUCAAGACUUUAGUCAAUUUCGGCCGAUAAGUUUGUAUAAUUUUAUUAAUAAGGUUCUGUCUAAAGUUCUGGCUGUCAGAUUGGCUAAGGUGAUGCCUUGUAUUAUCUCACCUCAACAGAGUGGUUUUGUUAAAGGUAGGCCGAUUUUUGACAAUUUUCUGUUAGCUCAGGAAAUAGUGUCAGGUAUAGGGAAGUCUAGUCGAUGGGGUAAUAUUGUCUUAAAGCUAGACAUGGCCAAAGCGUACGAUAGGGUGUCCUCGCUUUUCCUAUUGCAAGUGCUUAGAAGGUUCGGGUUUAGUGAGGUUUGGAUAGAUAUGGUUUGGAGGUUGAUUUCGAAUGUUUGGUUCUUAGUUAUUAUUAAUGGUGUGCCCCAAGGUUUUUUUAAAUCUGGUCAGGGUAUUCGCCAAGGGGAUCCGCUAUUGCCAUCUCUCUUUGUCAUAGGUGCUGAAGUCUUGUCUCGACUAUUAAACUCCUUGAUUGGGCAAUGGGGUUUUGUGCCAUUUAAGGUUCCAUUAGGGUGCCCGGUUGUUACCCAUUUAGCUUAUGCAAAUGAUGUUAUUAUUUUUUCUAGUGGGAUGAAGAAGUCGUUACAGCUGAUUAUAAAGGCGCUAGAGGAUUAUGAGAUGAUCUCGGGAUAG